GCUGCGGCGGCGCAGUGGCUGCAACAGAAAGCGCAGCUGCUCUGCUAUAGUCCACGCCCCCUUCCCGCUCCGGUGACAGUCUCUGCGGAAAGUUGGGUUUGUGAUUUCUGGAGAGCACCCAGGGGAACAGCGACGGUCCUGCCGGGUCGUCUAGGUCAGGUGACAGAGAAACGGUUUCCUGGUGAACCACCCUCCCACCCCUAGGCAGCCCGCACCCCCAGGGCCGGAAGAUGCUGAGAUCUAUGUGGAAUUUUCUGAAACGUCACAAAAAGAAAUGUAUCUUCCUGGGCACGGUCCUCGGAGUGCUGUCCAUGCUGCCCACACUGAGAGAGGCCUUAAUGCAGCAACUCAAUUCUGAGAGCCUCACAGCUCUGCUAAAAAACAGGCCUUCAAACAAGCUAGAAAUAUGGGAGGAUCUGAAGAUUAUCAGUUUCACCAGAAGUAUAGUAGCUGUAUAUAGUACCUGUAUGCUGGUUGUUCUUUUGCGAGUCCAGUUAAACAUUAUUGGUGGAUACAUUUACCUGGAUAAUGCAGCAGUUGGCAAAAAUGGCACUACAGUUCUUGCUCCGCCAGAUGUCCAACAGCAAUAUUUGUCAAGCAUUCAACAUCUCCUUGGAGAUGGUCUGACAGAAUUGAUCACUGUCAUUAAACAAGCUGUGCAGAAGAUUUUAGGAAGUGUUUCUCUUAAACAUUCUCUGUCCCUUUUGGACUUGGAGCAAAAACUAAAAGAAAUCAGAAAUCUCGUUGAGCAGCAUAAAUCUUCUUCUUGGAUUAAUAAAGAUGGAUCCAAAUCUUUAUUAUGCCAUUAUAUGAUGCCAGAUGAAGAAACUCCAUUAGCAGUUCAGGCCUGUGGGCUUUCUCCUAGAGAUGUUACCACUAUUAAACUACUCAAUGAAACUAGAGACAUGUUGGAAAGUCCAGAUUUUAGUACAGUUUUGAAUACCUGUUUAAAUCGAGGUUUUAGUAGACUGCUAGACAAUAUGGCUGAGUUCUUUCGACCUACUGAACAGGACCUGCAACAUGGUAACUCCAUGAAUAGUCUUUCCAGUGUCAGCCUGCCUUUAGCUAAGAUAAUUCCAAUAGUAAAUGGACAGAUCCAUUCCGUUUGCAGUGAAACACCUAGUCAUUUUGUUCAGGAUCUGUUGAUGAUGGAGCAAGUGAGAGACUUUGCGGCGAAUGUCUAUGAAGCUUUUAGUACUCCUCAACAACUGGAGAAAUGAUUUUUUUUUCCAACAAAAACUGGGUGGACUUCACUUUUAAAAAUAUACUGAAUAUGUCAACUAUAUAGGGUAAUGAUUUGUUACCAAAAUGCCUAAUAAAAAUAUAUUCUUAAUCAAAGUUUCAUUUCAGAAUGAAACAGAUUUGUCAUCUUAAUGUAUUUUUAAACUCAUCAACAAAAUACUUUUUGUGGGCAUAUCUGAAUGGACACAGUGCAAAUAUCAGAAUUUGUUACACCAUGGAUAUUAGCUUCAAACUGACUGAAAACUAAUGUAGAUACUUUUUUUUUAAUAUUUGAAAUUCAAUUUACUUGGACAUUAAUACUGAGGUAAAAUCGGGUGGGAAAUAGGUGUGAAGUUUGGAAAAUAUGCUAUUUAACCAAUCAUACGGUUCACCGGACUGUAGUGGACAGGUGUAAAGUACACUUUUCUCCAGUUACUCUUCAAAGGAAUCAAUUACUUGUCUUAAAUGUACCCGAUGGAGGGCUUUGCUUUUUAUGGAAAUCAGUGAAUUUACCAAUCAUGAUCAGGAUUAUUUUCCUUUACUAUUGUUAACAAUCCUUAGAAAAUUAUAUAGUGAUUUAGAGGCUAAAACUGUGUCGAUGCUGUUUACUCACAGUUAUUAACUAUAGUUUCAUUUGUAUGUAAAUAAUUUUAAUAACUUACUUUGUAUUGAUUUUGAGCACAGUGGAUAUCUUAUUGCAAUAAAAUAUUUUAGUAAAAUAUGGUUUUGUUAAUACUUUAUAGCUAUUUGUCUCAUAGCAUUUUUGCUGUUAUUUUGGGAAAAUGCUAGUUUUCAAGUUUCACUUUAACUGGUAAUAUAAUUGAUGCUUUCUUUUAACUUGUUUUAGAAAAAAAUAAAUAGCAUUUCGUUCUGAAAAAUAGUUCACUGUCUCUAGUAAAUCUGUAGUGCUGGGUUUAUAAGGGUAAUUAGAGCAGAAAUAAAUGAUGUAUCAGUAUAUUGGAUAUAUUUUCAGGAAUAUAAGAAUAUUUUCAGUAACAUCGUUUUAUGUUCCUCCAACAUAACAUAUAGCUCAAUAGUGGAAGGUAGACAAUGAAUUGUGAAGUCUCUUCUAAGGCCAGGCUAGGCCCGAAGCCAACUGCCUGGAAGUCUGUGUCUAGAAUAUUUAAAAAAUAAAAA